AUGCGGUACCCCGUCCGUCCGAUCCCACCGCGCGGCGUAUCUCCGCCGUCGGCCCCCGCCGGCGCCUCCUGGCCACACCCGCCGCCCGGGACCGGCAGGCGACAGUUUAAUACAGUACAAACCAGGCUGCUUCUGGCGGCAAAAACCAACGUGCUCGAUCGACGAUCUCCCCCUCCGCCACCACUCCCCCCAUCGAUCUCUCCUCAGUCCCCCGCCGGGAAGCUACGCUACGAAGCAUGGCGUCCGUCACCGCCCGCGCCCCGGUCGCGGCCCUGCGCCCGUCGUCGGCGUCGUCGCUCAAGUCGUCGUCGUCGUCCUCGGCCUUCCUUGGCCACUCUAGCCGCCUCGGCCGCACCGCGUCGCCGACGACCAGGCGCAGCCUCAAGGCGGAGGCCAAGGGCGAGUGGCUCCCCGGCCUUCCCUCCCCCGCCUACCUCGACGGCAGCCUGCCGGGUGACAAUGGCUUCGACCCGUUGGGCCUGGCGGAGGACCCCGAGAACCUGCGGUGGUUCGUGCAGGCGGAGCUGGUGAACGGGCGGUGGGCGAUGCUCGGCGUGGCCGGGAUGCUGAUCCCGGAGGUGCUGACCAAGGCCGGGCUCAUCAACGCGCCGCAGUGGUACGACGCCGGCAAGUCGGAGUACUUCGCGUCGUCGUCGACGCUGUUCGUGAUCGAGUUCAUCCUGUUCCACUACGUGGAGAUCCGGCGGUGGCAGGACAUCAAGAACCCCGGCAGCGUCAACCAGGACCCCAUCUUCAAGAGCUACAGCCUGCCGCCGCACGAGUGCGGCUACCCCGGCAGCGUCUUCAACCCGCUCAACUUCGCGCCCACGCUCGAGGCCAAGGAGAAGGAGCUCGCCAACGGGAGGCUGGCGAUGCUGGCGUUCCUGGGCUUCCUGAUCCAGCACAACGUCACCGGCAAGGGGCCCUUCGACAACCUGCUGCAGCACCUGUCUGACCCAUGGCACAACACCAUCAUCCAGACCCUCUCUUAGUCGAUGAUAUAUAUCCAGGUCAUGUAAAAUGUGAUCCAUCGCUAGCGAGCUGAUGGGGACUGGAAGGCAAACAUUGAAGCGCGGUCGUCGAUGUUAAUUCCUUUCUGGAUCAGUUUGUGUGAUGUGUGUUGUUAAUCGAUCUGGAGGGUAUAGAUUCGGACCGGGUUUGUUGUAACUUGUAAUGCAUGGUAUGAAGAGAGAGAGGGCUGAGGAGUGACACUGCUGGUAUGUACAUUAAUCCAAGGGGAGGGCUAAGGGUAAGAUUGUUUGAUCAGUAUCCUCAUCGAUCUAUCCCGAUGGGGUUCCUCUUGUGCUUACUUCUUGCUUGCCACUUGCCAGUCCAUGGUUCAGUGUGGAAACACAUGCAUGUAUUUGUACGAGAACUAGUAGGCUUGUAUAAUUAAGCAAA